AUGGAAAGGAAAGGACUAGCCGCAGAAGAGGAAGAGGGCACAGAGUUGGAGCUAGAAGCGCUGUACCGUCGGUACUGCGUGCGACUGAAACAUGCAUUAUUCGUAUCAGCACUGUGCGUCACACUGGUGUGCAGUCUCGCCUUGCUGUGCGCUGUCUGCAUACUCCACUCUCAAGACCUCUCCCAGCAAGUGGCAUCAAUAGCAUCCCUAUCAGUUAUCACGCUCGUGCUGUCACUGGUGCUGGCACUGGCGCUGCUGCCCGCCGCGCCGGAGUGGGAAGCGUUCGCGCUGACGGGCUCCGUGCUGGUCACGUUGUGCCUCGGAGCAGGGACGCUCAUGGCCACGCAUCACGCGCCGCUGCCGCUGUUCGCGCUAGUACUGAUGGUGCACACCAUGAUGCCGAUAGCGCGGUCGAUAUCGCUCGCCAUGUCUGUGGUGCUCACGCUGGCAUAUCUUGGCCUGGCGUUGGGCAUGAGGACCGAAGGUGAGGAGAGGCAGUUCUAUCAGCAGCUGAUCUCCGAGCUAGCCCUCCUCUGCUCAGCGACUGGCAUUGGCCUAUACUACCGAGCGCUCACUGAGCGAGCGCACAGGAACACCUUCGCCGGCACAAGGACCUGCCUGGAGCAGCGGGUGAAGUUGGAGUGCGAGCGGGAGCAGCAGGAGCGGCUGCUGCUGUCCGUCAUACCGGCGUAUAUUGCUGCUGAGCGGGUGAAGCUGGAGUGCGAGCGGGAGCAGCAGGAGCGGCUGCUGCUGUCCGUCAUACCGGCGUAUAUUGCUGCUGAGAUGUAG